AUGCCUGAGGCUCUUCGAUUAGGAGGCAUCGUCUCCUAUUUCACUCAGGAGGGCGGGUCGGUUGGGCUCAGCUCGCUGUGGCCGCGGAUUGCGAACGCGACCCGGGCCAACCACCAAGCUUUUGCGACUCUGGCAGGUGUGCCCUACAAGCAGAUCACGUGGGGGCAUCGGCGCUGUGGCAAAAUGAGGGCUGUUGCUGAAGCAUUGAAGUGUAUCCCUCCGGGUGCGUGGCUUUUCUUUAUUGACGCCGACGCUGCUUUCCGGGCCCAGACGGAGCCUUGCACCGCCAUGGAUCCGCUGUCUCCGGCCCCGAUGCACUGUGAUGCCUUGCCCUGGCACGA